AUGGAUCUUAUCAUAACUCUCUUCUGUACUCUGGGAAUAAUUUGUGCAUUUAUCACUAUAUUGCUCAACAUGAAUUUGGUGCUGAGAAUUGUUUUAAAUUCAUCUAAACGAAAAUUCGACAUGCAUUUUCUAUUAUCGUUUCAUUGUGGACAUAUUUUUUGGAACUUGUUUACUUUUUUACAUCGUGUUUAUACUUCUAUCAAUGGAAGCUCCCGGAUUUAUGUUCCAAUAUCGCAGUUUGAUUGUCUAUUUGGCACUUCCCUGGUCACACAUUGCGGCGUGUAGAUCUAUAAUUGCACUAACAAUAUCCAUCGAAAGAUUCUUCGCGGCAUACUUCCCAAUUCUCUAUCAUCAGAAACGGAGCAGGGUGCUGAACUGGCCAGUUUCCUUAAUAGGUGUGUGCUUCGGGUUGUCCGAAGAGUUUCUGCUAUUUGGUUUUUGUUCAUAUAAUAUGGAAAUUCCACCAACCUGUCGAGUUUUCGGGUGUGCAAUGAACAAGUGCUUCUACAACUUUUGGACUAUUCAUCGGAGUGUAAUAUUUUCACUCAUAAUAUCAUUUUCCAUCUUGCUCUCAACACGAUUAUUUAUCUGGAAUGUAGUGAAACAUAAGAACACUAAUAAUCAACUUUCAAAAGCAAAUCGUCUAGCUCUACUUGACACUUGCACGGUGCUCAUAUUUGAUUUUCUUCCAUCUUUUUGCGGCAACAUGUGGCCCAUUGCACCAAUGUUUUCGUUUGAUUACAUCGGACCGUACAACGCAGUGUUGAAAGUAACCGGAUGCGCAAUCGAGGCAAUAGUUGUUACUUUGGUUUUAAUAUUGAGAAGAUCAGAUAAUUUCCCAAGAAUUCGGCAAGCAACAUUUGUGAAAAGUUGAAA